UUAUCUUCCCUUUGUUGUAAGUUCGCUUAUUUACGUAAACAUACCUCCAUCAUCACUUCGACAUCAUUUACAACCGGAGAGGAGGCGAUAAUCACUAUAUGCAUACGAGGACGAUAUCGACGUUGCAAUUGUGUUCUGAUGUUUCGAAAAACUAUACGCUUUGGAAUCUGGCGGUAACUGGGCUCAGGUAUUCUCGUACAGAAUCUGACACUUGCUGAGAGAAAUUUCGAUUAGUCAUUUCGAGACGGAAGAAACUUCCCAAUGAACACUUCAUGGGGUCCAGCAACUCGAGGAGAAUGAGCAGUGGUGGUUCCCGUGUUGCCCGUGGGACCGGCGAUUCGGACGGGGGUGACGAGGGGGACACGGACCUCCGUGCGAUCCUUGCCCACCUCAUCCGCAGUGGACAGAUCCGCAUCCUGACAGCAGACGGGGCCACCUCAGAUGACGAUUCGUCCUCCGACCUCGAGUAUAUGGAUUCAUCCAGACCUCCAGAUGAAGACCCCAACCCAGACACCACCAGCAUAGAAACCAACGACAUUCAGAGUAUCGUGAUGCGUCAGUCCGGACGAACGAUGAGGAAACUCCCCCCUUACAAUACGACAGUAACACACCUUCUCAAACAGCGUGAGAUUGGGAUGAACAGACAGCAGCAGUUUACACCUGGAGAUUGUUGUGUCAUCAACAACAGAUUCCUCCCAAAUAACUUCACCAAGUUGGCUUCCUAUCACCACAAGGCAUUCUGUGGCGCCUUCUCCAAGGAAGGAAACAUUUUCUUGUCUGCUGCACAGGAUCAGCAUGUACGAAUCUACGACACCACCAACGAUGAUUUUAGACUGUUGAAGACGAUCCGUGCACGGGAUGUAGGCUGGAGUGUGCUGGACACUGCUUUCAGUCCCGACGGGAACUAUGUCAUCUACUCCAGCUGGUCUGACUGUAUUCAUCUAUGCAACAUCUAUGGUGAUCAUGAUAUUCAUGAAGCAUUGCCUCUGUUGCCGGGCGAUCAGAGUUUCUGUAUUUUCUCCUUGACUUUCUCGUCGGACAACAGGGAGAUAUUAGGAGGAGCCAAUGAUCGUCACUUGUAUGUAUAUGACCGAGAAAGCAACCAGCGGACAUUGAGGAUAAGUGCUCAUGAUGAUGAUGUCAAUGCUGUGUCAUUUGCUGAUGACAGUUCGCAGAUCCUCUUCAGUGGUGGCGACGAUGGUCUUGUGAAGGUGUGGGACAGACGGACGUUACGAGAGGAGGACCCACUUCCUGUUGGUGUGAUGGCCGGACAUCACGAUGGCAUCACAUAUGUUGAUUCUAAAAGAGAUGCCCGUUUCCUGUUGUCCAACUCCAAGGACCAGACAAUCAAGCUCUGGGACGUGCGGCACUUUUCAAACAAGGAUGGCAUUGAAGCCACGAAGAAAGCUGUCUCCAACCAGAGAUGGGAUUACCGAUGGCAACAGGUUCCCUGGAAGAUGGGCAAGCGUCAUCGACUGGUGGGUGAUACUUCACUGAUGACCUACAAGGGCCAUGGUGUCCUUCACACGCUGAUCCGAUGUCACUUCUCGCCUCAGUUCACGACUGGUCAGCAGUAUGUUUACACUGGAUGUGCCACAGGGAACGUUGUCAUAUAUGACCUCCUGACGGGGAAGAUUGUUCGGAAGCUGGAGGGUCACAGAGCGUGUGUGAGGGAUGUGUCGUGGCAUCCUUAUGAGAACAUCAUCAUGAGCACAUCGUGGGAUGGAACAGUGGCUAAGUGGGACUACCUGAGCACAGACGCCAUGGAUCUCCAGGAUGAUGAGGAGUGUUGUAGCGUCCUGGACUCUAAAUCACCGCGAGCUCGGCGAAGCAGCCGCCUUCGAGCCAAGGCUCAACGACGGACUCAGUAUAUGGAUCUUGUGUCAUAGUGCCAUCAUCGCCAUGGCAAACAGAAGUCAUCACAUGAACGAUGCUUGGUUGUCUUGUAUGGCAAGAGUAUGACCUUUGAUAUUGCAAAGUGCCCUGGACCAGAUUCCCAAGUUAUUUGAGAUUUACGACUAUCGUAAUUCACCUAAUGUACGAUGAAUGUAGGGUAGUCGUAGUGUUCAAAUCACUCGUGGAACAGAGUGCCAGUGGUUGAUGAGUCUGUGAUUUGUUUUGUUUUCAUGUUGAUGAUUAUGAUUUUGUGGAUUGGUUGAUUUAUCCAUGCCUUAGUUUAAGUUAUUAACCAGGAGAAAACAGACUCAAACAACAUAGUUGUUUGUAUAAAAUUAAAAGGCUUUUAUUUGGCAGUUUUCAUGCAAUUCUCUGAAUGGCAAUCAUUGACACUGAAUCAUGUGUUUAACCAAACUACUUUUAGACAUUCAGGAGGUUUUAAAUGAUGUGUCAGUGAUAAGCUUGAUUAAAGAAAGACUGGAUUCUUUCGUGGAAGGAUUACAGUGGAAGGGAGAGCCAUUUUGAGCCAGCUUCAUGGAAUGAAAUGUCCAUCGUGGAUGUGAUACGAGAAGCACAGUUGGUGCCCAGAGAUGAGGAUAUAGACAUGUUAAUGAUAAUGCAAUGUGGAACCACAAAACCUCUUCCUGGGUUUGAACCUGGAACAAUGUUCCUCCUUGGCUAUGAAGGUAUUUGAGAGUGUUUUUCUUGCCUAAGACCAUCAUUUUUGUGAUUCACAUAGCUACUGUGAUCUGAAUUUGGUUCGGUGGGUCGGUUUAAAACAAAAUAAUGAAAAACAAAACAAAAUAAGAAUAAAAGUUUCUUGAAAUAUUCACAUGAACAUCAGAAAAGAAGAAAAAACUAAUGUAUUCUGUUUUCUUUGGUACUCAGGAAUUAAAAUAUAUAUACGUCAAAA